GGAGGAGGGCCGCCGCACGCCUGCUCGGAUUGGCUUCCUCCGCUGGCACUCCGGGACGGGAACGCGUGGGCGGCGCGGCUGGCUGCGGGCGGCCGGGUCGUGGUCCGCCUCCCCGGGUAAAGCGCACCCCCUGCCCGCCCCCGAGGGGUCUGCCCGUCCCUGUCGCCGAAUGAUUGCGUCUAGGAGUGCGGAAACCAUCCUUGCAUACCUCCCCGACUUCUGGACACACCUGCCGUGACGUCUUAACUCCACAGAGGUAGAGGUCCAGGUUGGCGGGCUCUGAGGUAACCAGAUCCUCGAUCUGAAGCCCAGGCAGCCUUCCUCAGCUGAGUUUGGAGCAUCUGGAGGUGGGGGUUUCUCAGGACCUCAUGGAUCGCAGAGGGACCAAGAGAAGAGGGGAAAACAUAGAGGUAGCUGAGCCUCGGAACAAACUCCCCGGCCCAGCACCCUCAAUGCCCACAGACCCCGCCCUGUACUCUGGGCCCUUCCCUUUCUACCGGCGCCCUUCCGAACUGGGCUGCUUCUCCCUGGAUGCACAACGCCAGUACCAUGGAGAUGCUCAAGCCUUGCGCUACUACAGCCCACCCCCUACCAAUGGUCAAGGCCCCAACUUUGACCUCAGAGACGGAUACCCUGAUCGAUACCAGCCCAGGGACGAGGAGAUCCGAGAGGGGCUGGAUCACCUGCUACGUUGGCUCCUGGAUCACCGAGGCCAGCUGGAGGGGGGUCCAGGCUGGCUGGCAGGGGCCAUAGUGACAUGGCGAGGGCACCUGACAAAAUUGCUGACGACACCGUAUGAGCGGCAGGAGGGCUGGCAGCUGGCGGCCUCCCGCUUCCAGGGGACACUGUACCUGAGUGAGGUAGAGACGCCGGCAGCUCGGGCCCAGAGGCUUGCCCGGCCACCCCUCCUCCGAGAGCUUAUGUACAUGGGGUACAAGUUUGAGCAAUACAUGUGCGCAGACAAACCUGGAAGCUCCCCGGACCCCUCUGGGGAGGUUAACACCAAUGUGGCCUUCUGCUCUGUGCUACGCAGCCGCCUGGGAAACCACCCUCUGCUCUUCUCAGGGGAGGUAGACUGUAUAGACCUUCAGGCCCCAUCCACACAGCCCCCCACCUGCUAUGUGGAGCUCAAGACCUCCAAAGAGAUGCACAGCCCUGGCCAAUGGAGGAGCUUCUACAGACACAAGCUUCUGAAAUGGUGGGCUCAGUCAUUCCUUCUGGGCAUCCCAAAUGUUGUUGCUGGCUUCCGUAACCCAGAGGGUUUCAUCUGUUCCCUCAAGACCUUUCCUACUAUGGAGAUGUUCGAGUAUGUCAGGAAUGACCGUGAUGGCUGGAAUCCCUCCGUGUGCAUGAAUUUCUGUGCCGCCUUCCUUAGCUUUGCCCAGAACACAGUUGUCCAGGACGACCCCAGGCUCGUCUAUCUCUUCUCCUGGGAGCCUGGCAGCCCAGUCACAGUGUCAAAACAUCAAGAUGCACCCUAUGCCUUCCUGCCCACGUGGUAUGUGGAAGCCGUGACACAAGACCUCCCAUCACCCCCCAAGACGCCUUCCCCCAAGAACUGAGACUUCAGAGGGGCUGGUCCUGUCUCCGUGUGCACAGAUAAAAGCCUAUUUCUAGGUGGUU